UGUUGCAAUAAAUGAGAGCUUCACUGUAUAUUUUUUUUCUAGAGAGAGAAAGCAUUAAAAAAAUGUUAGAGAGAGAAAAUUCCAAUCACUAGAAAUCAGCUUCGUACUAAGAGAGAGAAGGAGAUAGACAUAUACUAGUAUUCAGAUUCCUAGAGAGAGAAAGUGAUUUUUAGAGAGAUAAAGUGAGUUCUAGAGAGAGAAAGAAUGGAGGAGAUUGAGGAGGAAGGAGAAGAGGAGAUAUUAGGAUCUAGUUUAACGAUGGAGAAAGUGGCCGCGGCUAAGCAGUUUAUAGAGAAUCAUUAUAGAGCUCAAAUGAAGAAUAUUAAAGAGCGUAAGGAAAGACGAUGGGUUUUAGAAAGGAGGUUAGCUACUUCUGAUGUACCGAAGGAGGAACAGAUCAAUCUGAUCAAAGAUUUAGAAAGGAAAGAGACGGAGUUUAUGCGACUCAAAAGACAUAAGAUAUGUGUUGAUGAUUUUGAGCUUUUGACCAUCAUUGGUAGAGGAGCCUUUGGUGAGGUUCGCUUGUGCCGGGAGAAGAAAUCUGGCAAUAUUUAUGCCAUGAAAAAGCUAAAGAAAUCUGAAAUGCUAAUGAGAGGACAGGUGGAACAUGUUAGAGCCGAAAGGAACUUGCUGGCUGAAGUUGCAAGUCAUUGCAUCGUCAAGCUCUAUUACUCAUUUCAGGAUGAUGAGUAUUUGUAUCUGAUUAUGGAAUACCUUCCAGGUGGUGACAUGAUGACUUUGCUGAUGAGAGAAGAUACUUUAACUGAAAAUGUGGCUAGGUUUUACAUUGCUCAAAGUGUCCUCGCAAUUGAGUCGAUUCACAAACAUAAUUACAUCCACAGAGACAUAAAGCCUGAUAACCUUCUUCUAGACAAAAGUGGUCAUAUGAAGCUAUCGGAUUUUGGCCUUUGCAAGCCUCUUGAUUGUACAAUUUUAUCAGCGAUUCCUGAAAACAAAACUAUUGCUGAUGAAAAUUCGACUGAACCAAUGGAUAUUGAUGGAGGUAUCCCGGAUGCAGACAAUAAGAGUAAUUGGAGAAGCCCCCAUGAGCAGCUUCAGCAUUGGCAAAUGAACAGAAGAAAAUUGGCAUUUUCUACUGUGGGAACUCCCGAUUACAUUGCUCCUGAAGUAUUACUGAAGAAAGGAUAUAGCACGGAGUGUGACUGGUGGUCUCUAGGAGCAAUAAUGUAUGAAAUGCUAGUCGGAUACCCUCCUUUUUAUUCGGAUGAACCCAUAACCACAUGCAGAAAGAUUGUUCAUUGGAGAAAUCACCUUAAAUUCCCAGAAGAGGCAAGGUUGUCUCCUGAGGCCAAGGAUCUCAUUUGUAGGUUAUUGUGUGACGUUGAACAUAGGCUAGGUACUGGAGGGGCACACCAAAUUAAAGCUCAUCCUUGGUUCAGGGAUGUUGUAUGGGACAAACUUUAUGAAAUGGAGGCAGCAUUUAAACCUGAAGUUAAUGGAGAACUAGACACCCAGAACUUUAUAAAAUUUGAUGAACUGAAUGCUCCAGCACCUUCAAGAUCUGGCUCAGGACCUUCAAGGAAGAUGCUGUUAACUCCCAAAGAUUUGAGUUUUGUUGGUUAUACAUACAAAAAUUUUGAUGCUGUCAAAGGCCUACAUGCAUUUGAUAUCAACGGAGGUAUGUCUCCAAAACGGCCAUCUAUUGAUUCCAUAUUCAGUGGUUCAGCGGCAGAUUAUACUCCCAAGCGGCCCGGUGAGGAAACAGAGGUUCAGAUGCUUGCAGCAUCAGGGGAUCCUAUGCUACAGUAAUGUAACGUGAACGUGUUCGUUCCUGCACAAUCUAAAUCCCGUGUGGGCUGGCGGCCAUACGAGUUGCAGAACCGCUGCUCAAGUGUACAGAAGUAACUGAGAAACUUCACUGGAGCUCGCUGGGUUAACUCGGUAGGUCAAGUAAAAGUUAUAGCUGAAAAGCUUUUGUGUAAUAGAAUUUAGAGCAGACAUUUGAAAAUGAAUGCCCUGGCUGCCCAGGUUGGCUGUGGUAAAAACAUUGCCUUCUCUAGCGGCAGUUUCUGGUCAGAUUUUAUAUGGAAAACAAACUACUAAGAAACUCUUAAUUAUAAAUUCCACAUUAUUGCUUGUGUGCAA